GGUAAAGCUGUUGAGGUACGCUUCGGGGUCUCUGUCUUGCCGGCACAGCCUUCGGAGGGCAAGUCAGCAGGUCAGGAAGCUAGCACCGGCGUCUGGAUUCAGAAGUGUGGAGUCUUGUGGGAAGAUCGGAAAAACGACCAGGAACUUGAAUACGAUCUAACCUGUGUUUCCGAGGGGGUAACUUCCACGAGGAACCCAUCUGCCCUGGUAACGGCCGAAGAGGAGAUGGCGCCAGUCAGGGAGCGGCCGUGGCCGACACAGUGAGGAAGCGCGAGGGCGGAGCAAUCGGAGGAGCCUCGGGAGAAGAGCCAGAGCCGUCGCUGCCGCCACCACCGCUACCACCAUGGAAGGAGCAAAGCCGACACUGCAGCUCGUGUACCAGGCAGUGCAGGCGCUGUACCACGACCCAGAUCCCAGCGGAAAGGAGCGCGCCUCGUGUUGGCUUGGGGAGCUGCAGCGUUCGGUUCAUGCAUGGGAGAUUUCAGACCAGUUGUUACAGAUCCGGCAAGAUGUAGAAUCAUGCUAUUUUGCUGCACAGACCAUGAAAAUGAAGAUUCAGACCUCAUUUUAUGAGCUCCCCACAGACUCUCAUGCCUCUUUACGGGACUCAUUACUAACUCAUAUCCAGAACUUGAAAGACUUGUCACCUGUUAUUGUAACGCAGCUGGCUUUAGCAAUAGCAGACCUUGCCCUACAGAUGCCUUCCUGGAAAGGAUGUGUACAGACAUUGGUGGAAAAAUAUAGCAAUGAUGUAACUUCUCUGCCUUUUCUGCUGGAGAUCCUUACAGUAUUACCUGAAGAAGUACAUAGUCGUUCCUUACGAAUUGGAGCUAAUCGACGUACAGAAAUUAUAGAAGAUUUGGCCUUCUAUUCUAGUACAGUAGUAUCGCUGUUGAUGACUUGUGUAGAAAAAGCAGGAACAGAUGAGAAAAUGCUUAUGAAGGUCUUUCGCUGUUUGGGAAGUUGGUUUAACUUAGGAGUUUUGGACAGUAACUUCAUGGCUAACAAUAAGUUACUAGCACUCCUUUUUGAGGUUUUGCAACAGGAUAAGACCUCAUCGAACCUACACGAAGCUGCUUCAGACUGCGUGUGCUCAGCUCUCUAUGCCAUUGAGAAUGUGGAAACCAACUUGGCAUUAGCCAUGCAACUUUUUCAAGGAGUCCUGACAUUGGAGACAGCCUAUCAUAUGGCUGUGGCACGUGAAGAUUUAGAUAAAGUUCUGAAUUACUGCCGUAUUUUCACUGAACUUUGUGAAACUUUUCUUGAAAAAAUUGUUUGUACGCCAGGCCAAGGCCUUGGAGACCUACGAACUCUGGAACUGCUUCUUAUCUGUGCAGGGCACCCUCAAUAUGAGGUAGUAGAAAUUUCCUUUAAUUUUUGGUACCGACUAGGGGAGCAUUUGUACAAAACAAAUGAUGAAGUUAUUCAUGGCAUCUUCAAAGCUUACAUUCAAAGGCUGCUUCAUGCCUUGGCUCGCCACUGCCAGUUGGAACCUGAUCAUGAGGGGGUUCCUGAGGAGACUGAUGACUUUGGGGAGUUUCGGAUGCGCGUGUCAGACCUAGUGAAGGACUUAAUUUUCUUGAUUGGAUCUAUGGAGUGUUUUGCUCAGUUAUAUUCUACUCUGAAAGAAGGCAACCCACCCUGGGAGGUGACAGAAGCGGUUCUCUUUAUCAUGGCUGCUAUAGCAAAGAGUGUUGAUCCGGAGAACAAUCCAACACUCGUGGAGGUCCUGGAAGGAGUUGUCCGUCUCCCGGAGACUGUGCAUACAGCUGUGCGCUACACCAGCAUUGAGUUGGUUGGAGAGAUGAGCGAAGUGGUCGAUCGAAAUCCUCAGUUCCUUGACCCUGUGUUGGGCUAUUUGAUGAAAGGCCUGUGUGAAAAGCCUCUGGCUUCUGCUGCAGCGAAAGCAAUUCAUAACAUUUGCUCUGUUUGCCGAGACCACAUGGCUCAGCACUUUAACGGACUCCUGGAGAUUGCCCGUUCCCUUGAUUCCUUCAUGUUAUCUCCAGAAGCUGCUGUGGGCUUGCUAAAAGGGACAGCACUUGUCCUAGCCAGAUUACCUUUGGAUAAGAUCACUGAAUGUCUUAGUGAACUAUGUUCUGUUCAAGUUUUGGCAUUGAAAAAGCUGUUGUCUCAGGAGCCCAGCAACGGCAUAUCCUCAGAUCCCACUGUAUUCUUAGAUCGCCUUGCAGUCAUAUUUAGACACACCAAUCCCGUUGUAGAAAAUGGACAGACUCAUCCGUGCCAAAAAGUCAUACAGGAAAUAUGGCCAAUUUUAUCUGAGACUCUAAAUAAGCACCGGGCUGAUAAUCGGAUUGUAGAGCGUUGUUGCAGGUGCCUCCGUUUUGCUGUUCGCUGUGUAGGCAAAGGAUCCGCAGCCCUGCUGCAGCCACUAGUCACACAGAUGGUAAAUGUUUACCAGGUACAUCAGCAUUCCUGUUUCCUGUACCUUGGUAGUAUCCUUGUGGAUGAAUAUGGCAUGGAAGAGGGCUGUCGGCAGGGACUACUAGACAUGCUCCAGGCACUGUGCAUCCCCACCUUUCAGCUCUUAGAACAGCAGAAUGGACUCCAGAAUCACCCUGACACAGUGGAUGACCUAUUCAGGCUAGCCACGAGGUUUAUUCAGCGUAGCCCUGUUACCUUGCUGAGAAGCCAAGUUGUCAUCCCUAUCUUACAGUGGGCCAUUGCCUCUACUACCCUGGACCACCGGGAUGCCAAUUGUAGUGUCAUGAGGUUCCUACGAGACCUCAUCCAUACAGGGGUAGCCAAUGAUCAUGAAGAAGACUUUGAAUUACGGAAAGAACUAAUCGGACAGGUGAUGAACCAGCUUGGACAGCAGCUUGUAAGCCAGCUGCUUCACACGUGCUGCUUCUGCCUCCCCCCAUAUACCCUACCGGAUGUGGCCGAAGUGCUCUGGGAGAUCAUGCAGGUUGACAGACCGACUUUUUGUCGAUGGUUAGAGAAUUCUUUGAAAGGUUUGCCAAAGGAGACAACAGGGGGAGCCGUCACAGUGACACACAAACAACUUACAGAUUUCCACAAACAAGUCACUAGUGCUGAGGAAUGUAAACAAGUUUGCUGGGCCUUGCGAGACUUUACCAGGUUGUUUCGAUAGCUCACACUCCUGUACUGUGCCUGUCACCCAGGAAUGUCUUUUUUAAUUAGAAGACAGGAAGAAAACAAAAACCAGACUGUGUCCCACAAUCAGAAACCUCCGCUGUGGCAGAGGGGCCUUCACCCGCCACCAAGGCAUCCCGCCAGACAGGGAGAGACUCCAGCCUUCCAAGGCCACCCUGAGGAGUUCCUGUUUGGGGAUGUGAGGGAGAAUCAGCGCUAUUUAGAGAGAUGGCUGUGGCCUGUCCGGCGUGGUGGGAGGGGAGCUGGUUUCCUGGUGAACUUGUUUCUAAAAGGAAAAAUAAUUUUAAAGAAAUAAAAAAGAAAAAAAAAAAGGAAAACUAAACUGAAACUACAAUUGAAAACACAUACAUGUACCUACACACACACAUGCUAGCACGCAUGUGUGCACACAGAAAAAUAAAAUUACAAAUCUUUCUGUGAAACAGAAACAUUUACUUAGGGAAGAUGGGGAUUCAAAUGAAUUAAACAGCUGCAAUCGGAAGGAAAGGGUCAGGAUCAUCUCUUAAGGUUUUGUUUUGUCCUUUCAUUCUCUCCUCCCCUCUCUUCUUUUCCUUUCCCCUUCCUCUUUUAAUGAAAGUGAGUUGAAAUUUCUCCUCGUGUCCCAACUCGUGUCUGGUCCCAACUGUUUAUUCUCACCUUUAGAGUUGUUCACAUAAGGAGAAGUAAGCAAGGAACCUGUUCUGCUUUUUAUCAUGGUCACAUCAAUGAUAUUAGGACCUGCCAGGGCCAAAAUUCAUGUAUACGCCAACUCUGACCCUAUUCAGUCUCUUUAAGUCCAGUCAUCUUUGGAGAGAAGAGCCAAAAUUAGGGUGAGUGGGAUACAAAUACUUUUUUUUUUUUUCUUUUUCGUUUAUUUUUUACCCAUAGACUUGAGAGAGGAAAACAGAAGGUGGGAAAAUGGAAAAAAGUGUUUACAGGGCUAACUAUAUUACUAAAAAAUGUGGAAAUUAUUUGACUUCAUGGGGGGUGAGGCAGGAGAGGAAAGCUGAAGCAAGCCCUGGAUGCUUUAAAGGAAUUGUAGCCCUGCACAGGCACUGGACACGAGGACAUGUCCUGUCUGGUGGUGUUGCCAUCUCAAGAACAAAUCAACA